AUGCAGCCAAUAGGGAUUGUUGAGCCAGUUGUGGCCCUCAACAAGCGGUGGCAUCCGGGCUGUUUCGUGUGCGAGGGCUGCAACUGCAAUUUGGUCGACAAAUCCUUCUCCUCCAACAUGAAUUCACCUUUCUGCGAAAAUUGUUUCAACAAGGCUUUUCGCCCCAACUGUGAGAAGUGCUCUAAGUUCAUUGGCAGUGACGAGAAGUAUGCAGUUGUUGGCUCGAAGGCCUUCCAUGCCAACUGCUUUGUCUGCGAAGUCUGCCAGAAAUGUCUCUACGGAGGGAAAUAUGCCGACAGAAAGGGUCGUAUCACCUGUCUCGCUCAUCGCUAG